CUUGGAUAUCAUAGAGAUCCGCAGACUCGAGCUGCUUUUAUGGAGGUACUCACCAAAAUUUUGCAACAGGGCACAGAAUUCGAGAACCUUGCUGAGACGGCUCUGGCAGAGCGAUAUGAACGACUUGUUGGCUUAGUCACAAUGAUUGGUGAUAAAGGAGAAUUACCUAUUGCUAUAGCGCUUGCCCAUGUUACACCUUUUGAUAAUAUGGAUGAACUCGCUCGUGUCCUCGUUACAUUAUUUGAUGCCAAAAAUCUUCUUUACCAGUUGUUGUGGAACUUGUUCUCCAAGGAGGUUUGUCACACUUUACAUAUUGCUUUAUUCUCCAUUUCGCAAGGAUUUUAA